AUGAAGCACGCAUAUAAUGUUGGUUUUGUUUUUAUUUCUUUAUCAAUAAUUUUUGUAUUGGGCGAAACAAAUGUUACACCUUCCGAGCAGUGCCAAGGGCAAAAUUUCGACAACUUGAGCGAGAGGAUCCAAAUUAUCCCAUGCAGGAAGACCGGCUGCAAACUUCAGAAAGGCACUAAUACAACAGUGAUAUUUAAAUUCAAGCCAGAUCAAGAGGUUAAGACGCUCGUGAACGACGUUUACGCCGACAUUGGGGGCAUUCCCCUUCCCUUUAUCGGUGUCACCGGAGUGAGCGCAUGCCCCCAAGUGACCCGAAGCGACGGGUCCCCUGCCCCCUGCCCGCUCGCCGCCGGAGAGGAGUACACUUACACCAACGUGUUCCCCAUCGAGUCCUUCUACCCCAGCGUUAAACUCAGAGUGCACUGGGCGCUUCUAGAUGGCGACAAAAAAAUCAUAUGCUUCGAAGUUCCCGCCGUCAUCACGCCUCCAAAGCAU